ACUUUUAAACCUAAAAAUUUUACCUAAAAAUUAACAUUUUUUUUAAUGUUCCGUAAAACCAAAUUAAAAUUUUACCUAAAAAUUAACAUAGUAAAUAAUUAAAGAAAAAAUAUUAUAAAAUUAACUUUUAAACCUAAAAAUGAAAACACAAACUUAUAUUAAGUUAUUUAUAACAAAAAUAAACUAAUACUGUUAUAUCAAUAUUUUUUUUUCUGUUGACAUUUUUUCGAAUGAUAUAAUAUAAUGUUAUCAAUUUUAGUUUUCUAAAUAUAUGAAAAAUUUAAUCAAAAAAGUUUUAUCAUGUUUUUUUUGAGUUUAUAUGAGAUCAAUCGGUAUCAUAUUACAGGUUAAUAGCAAAUUUUUGGAUUGUUAUUAGAUUUAUCAUAUUUUUUAUAAAUGUGAACUGGAUUAUAUUCUGGGUCGUCGAGUUGCGACCAUGAGUCGGGAUUGGAUAUAAAAAUGCUGCUUCAAACUCAAACACUAUGAUAAAUCAACUUAAAAAUUAUUUAUUUAGUAAAAAUUAAAUUCAAGAAAAUUUUGUCAAAAGGAUCAACAAAAAAAUACCCGCGCUUACGAAGCGCGGAUCAAAAUCUAGUUAGCCUUUAUAUUCCUCCAUUGUCUCAAGUUCACAAAUCACACAACUCAAUCCAUUCGCAGGCCCAUAGGAUACCUUGAUGUGAGAAUGAAUUGUAAAAUUGCUUUAAUCAUGUCAUCACUACCAUGAACUUAUCAUCCAAAUUUGUGGCACUAGCAUCUGUUAUGUCAAUGCAGAGUCAUGGGCCAAACCUCCAAAACUUUUGAAAAAAUUAUGCAUAAAUAAAGCUCAAAAUUUGUAAAAAAAUAAAAAUAAAUUAAACCCCUAAACUAUAAAAAUCUUUCUUAAACUAUCUGUAGCUCCCAAAAUCUCAGGUUAUCAACAUCAAAUUUGGUAAUAUAGGUGUGCUCAGUACUCAAGUGUAGACACUAAUUCAUAAAUUUGUUGCUUCAUGUUUACGGCCCCCACUCCUUUUGGUAAAACCAAACCAAUCUUCAAUUUGAAUUGUAGUCGGAUUCUUUGUUUGGUUACAAAACAAAAGCCAAACCGAUUUGGAUCGAUAAACUGGAAACUAGUACAAAACAAAAUAACUAGGUAAAAAUUAAUUAUUUUGUAAAGACAAGGAGUUUGUGUGCAAUUUACCAGAAAUAAAAAAUAAGUGAUGACGUGUCAGAACAUUAUUGGAGGAGCUGGCGAAUGAGCAGAGCAAUUCAUCAUCUCCUCGGCGAGAAUUUGUCUUCUUUUUCAGCGUUGUUACAGCAACCUCUUGCUCCCGGGUUGAAACCUGGACCGUACGAUGAACAAACGAACCGUGGAGCUGGGAUCUACGCGGUUCCUGUGCAUCAUCACCAAUUUGGAGCUCCUCUUUCCUCAAACUAUCUCAUCCCUCUCACUUACAAUAUCCCCACGGACAGAUACCAGACUGGAGCUCUUGCUCCGUUUGUGCGAUGGCUCUCACAAGGUAUGCAGAGAGCUGCAGUACCACCACCACCUCGACCUAAUCGACCUGCUGAUAAUGAUCCUGCAGCUGCAGUGCCACUAAACGAAGAUGCAGCUCUCGAGGGACAAGAGAAUGAAGGUGACAACGGGAACAGAGCAAACGCAAACGAAAAUGCGGAUGCAGGGCAACAAGGGAAUCAAUGGUGGGGGAUAGUAAAAGAGAUUCAGAUGAUUGUUUUCGGUUUCAUAACUUCACUUCUCCCCGGCUUCCACAACAUAGAUUAGACUCUCUUUUUUACUCUAUACUCUCAUCGUCUUCAACAAAAAAGACAUUGUUUAUUGUUAAAGCUGAUGAUCUCACAUCUUCAUCCAAAGCCAAAUGCUUGUAACGGCUUGGCUUUCUCUAUUAUCGUCCUCUCACCAAUCUUUUUUAUUAA